ACCACAAGUUGUACUUUGUUAUAUCCCUUGAGAGAGAAAGUAAUACAAACACAGAAAACUCCGUCGAGAAUGGAAAACUCCGGCGAGAAAUUCGACAUAAUCGUGGUCGGAGCCGGAGUAAUGGGUAGCGCCACCGCAUACGCAGCAUCUAAACGUGGCUUAAAGGUACUCCUUUUAGAACAAUUUGAUUUACUCCACUUCCGCGGUUCAUCUCACGGCGAAUCUAGAACCAUACGAGCUUCCUACCCAGAAAACUACUAUCCUCCGAUGGUAAUCGAAGCUGCAAAACUAUGGGAAGAAGCUGAAUUAGAAGCUGGUUAUAAUGUCUAUUUCAAGACAUCUCAUUUGGAUUUUGGUCCUUCUGAUAACCCUAGUCUUCUUCAUGUGAUAUCUAGCUGCGAAAUCAAUAAAAUUGAUCAUCGGAUCUUGGAUGCACACCAGGUGUUUGAUGAAAUGUCGGGAAGAAUUAAGAUUCCUGAUGAUUGGAUUGGGGUUGCUACUGAACUUGGUGGGAUAAUUAAACCGACUAAAGCUGUUUCUAUGUUUCAAUCAUUGGCUAUGAAACAUGGAGCUGUUAUCAGAGACAGGAUUGAGGUAAAAGGUAUAGAACCAAUUGAUGAACAAGAAGGUGGUGGAAUCUUAAUCUCCACCACCUGCGGAAACCAAUUCCGAUCAUCGAAAUGCGCCAUAACAGCAGGAGCAUGGAUGAAGAAUCUGGUGAAGAAAGUGACAGGAAAACACCUCCCAAUCCAACCAGUAGAAACAUCAGUAUUCUACUGGCGAAUCAAACAAGGUCACGAAUCAGAUUUCACAAUCUCCCCCGGAAAAUUCCCAACAUUCGCAAGUUAUGGCAAUCCCUACAUAUAUGGAACACCUUCACUAGAAUUCCCAGGUUUAAUCAAGAUACCAAUCCACGGAGGUCUUGAAUGUAAUCCUGACGAGAGGAAAUGGAAGGCGGCGAAGGAGGUAAUAAUUGAGGAGAUUCGAGAAUGGAUUCGUGGUCGAUUUGGUGAUUUAGUUGAUGCUGAUGGUGGACCGGUGAUUACUCAAUCGUGUUUGUAUUCAAUGACUCCGGAUGAAGAUUAUGUGAUUGAUUUUCUUGGUGGGGAGUUUGGGAAGAAUUUGGUGGUGGCUGGAGGGUUUUCUGGACAUGGUUUUAAGAUGUCGCCGGUUAUUGGGAAGAUUGUGGUGGAGAUGUUGUUGGAUGGGGAAGUUGGAGGAGGAGUUGAUAUGAAGUAUUUUAAGAUUGAGAGGUUUGAUGGUGGGUUGAAUGGAAAUGCUAAAAGUUUUGCUGAUCAAGUUUGCUUUUCUUCUUCUUGAAUGAUUGAUUGGAGAUGAUGAAGUUUUUGGGUUCUUGGUUAAGUUGUGGGUUUUAUUGAUUCUAGUUUGCUUGUUGUUUAGAACUUUAAAUUGGUUUAAAUUAAAUAAAUGGUAAGUUCUUAUUUGGAGUUUGAACUUGGUAGUUUUUAAUAAAUGAGAGUUACUUUGAAUGGU